AUGCGCCGCCCCGGGAGGCCUCCACUCGUCACCGUGUCUGCAACACACUUGAGCGCCACCAAGGACAAAGUCGAAUUGUGGUUUGGUCCUAGCUCAGAUUUUGCUCUUCUGCAGCUGCUCUAUCGACACUUGUACCUAUCGUGGGAUGAUCAAUCCGUGCCAGACGUGAGAGUUGAGGAUGGUAACGACGGUCUGGACACUUUCGACUUCCGUCUCGUCUUCUUCGGCAAUGCUGCUGCGCCAGAGCCCGCUUCGAUGGAUCAGCGACCAUAUUCGGACCCAUUUCUUUUCAUGCCAUACGAGCUUGCUCAAGACAUGCUGGACAGGUAUCUGGCCAGCUACUAUAAUAGCGCCCCAUUCGUGACGCAAGAAGCAUAUCAUAACCAGCUACGCGAACUCUACCAGUCUCCUUUUGCCCACAGUUACAACGAUACUGAUACCCAACUUCUUCUCUUAGCGAUCGCAAUAGCGUCCCUGUCAACGAAUCAUUGGCAAUGGGCAGAGGUCAUUGCGGAGCGCGUGAAGCGAUCCCAGCAUGACGUGCACACCAUCUACGAAAAGGAGCAUGGUCGGCCGAAUGCCGCAUACCUGACAAUUGGCGCUGCUACACGUAAGGCUCUGGCAAUGGGGCUGCACAGAGAGAAAAAAGUUACGCACAUAUCAGCAGAAGAUCUCGAAGAACGACGGAUUACUCUUUGGACACUGUGUUUUCACGAGACCUGGAUGAGCUUCUACGGCGGUCGCCCCAUCCUGAUCGCCAACCUGGAGUGCGAAGUGCCGAGCCCAAAUAACACGUGGGUGCUGAAAUUGAAGCGCUUAACAAAGGUUAUGAUGGAUCUUGCGGCGACAGUGUACGCGACGAAACCACCAUCCCUUCCAGAAUGCUGGAAAGCCGCGUCAUCCGCCGCAAAGGAGCUGCAGACCACCGUCCGCACGGCUUAUGUCGAAAUGGGCAUCAAUCCGGACGAUGCGAUGGAAGUACAUGGUCUCGGUUACAAGGGCGCAUUCCUUCACAUAGUAUCCUCUCAUAUUACCAUGAUCGCGUUCCGGCCAUUCGUGUUGGUGAGGAGUAGUAUAAACCGCACCAUACGAAAGUUUCGUGUGUCUGCAUCACCCAGUCAGAGUGGCGGCAUAGAGGGCACAAGCAGCGAAGCGAAUCCCUCUAUACCCGCGUGGCUGGACGAAGCCUGUGAGCGAUGCACGCAGGCCGCACAGAGUAUCAUUUCGUUCUUUCACGGCACGCUCGCACUAAAGUCUGCGUACAAGGAGCUGAGAUACAGUGUGUUCUUCAUCGGCCACGCAGCAUUCCUCCUCCUUUUCGAUUCACUGCAGGAUCCCAACAUGGAAGCAGUCCAUCUCAGCUACGUCACAAGCGCUCUUGAGUUUCUAGACAAUAUGGGAGGCGGAGAUCCUGCAAAUAUUGCAGCAAAUGCAGUCCGACACAUACUCGGGCGGAUGCAGCAAGCUGCAGACGGUCAUCAGGGCGUGGUGGCAACCGACAGGCCUCGAACAAGACGUUCGACUGCGGAAGCGAGCCAGACACACCCAGCUUCCCAGAGCGUGGCCGUAGAGCAGUCGGCUGCGAAUUCAGACUUCAUGCCCAGUACCGAGGCGGAAGGGAACUUAUCAUGGCUGAAUUUUGACGAUGUUUCCUGGGAAGUAGAUCUGACUCAGUUUGACCCUUUAGCGAUGGACUUCUCAUUCCUGGAAACAACGGACGGCUCAACAGACUCAAGCCAACACAAGUGA